AUAGAAUUCCACACAAGCCCAACUUUAAUUCGGUUUAGACCUGUCAAGCCCAACUUCCCUUCUUUCGUGAAUUAACCUUCAGAUAUUGAUCAUACCAACCAGGAUUUCAUUCGGCUCCGUGCCUCUCUUCGGCGCAGUUCCGCAUCUAUUUCAUUCGGCCUAUGCAAUUAUCUCCAAACCAAAAUUAUUCCCUGUUUAAACUUAUCCGGAUCUGAAAGCCAUUAUUAGAGGGCAAAAUAUGUUCCACCGAUUUAUACAAAUUUAAUCGUAUCUCCGAUUCUUAUAUUCUAGUUGGGCGUGUGUGUAUAUAUAUGUAUACUUCUUAUAUUUCGAAGUUUGUUUGUGAUCGUAUUGAGCUCAAAUCUUCCUUUGAUGUCUCCUUGAUUGUCACCACUUUAUUAGUACUUACCAAAUACUAGGGUAGAUAAGUGGAAUUGUUAGAACAAUGGAAGAUGCAGUCUCAUUGCAGUCUAAUCACGAAGAUAUCAUUGCGGGAGUACAAAGUCAAUUUAUCACAAAGCCAAUGAAAACGGAUGGUGAAAACUAUCACAGCGGAGGUUUCUAUGGUCAUGUUUCUUAUUCGACUCUUUUUGAUGAUCCAGCAUUGAACGUAAGAUUACCUGGCACAAGGAAUUAUCCGCUUCAGGAUCUCAUGGAAGAAAAGAAUACUCGAUUAUAUGAAAGGAUUGUUUCUCUAAGCAAAAUGUCCCUUGAUUUUUACGAGAAAAAUCAUCCAGGGGAGCGGUAUGAGUUUGACAGUCUUAAGGAUGUGAAGAGUAAGCCUAUUCUUGGCAUAACAUAUUUCAUCAUCUUUUUGGCAAAAAACUUGGGCGUAGAUGGUUGUCCUUCCGGAACAUUUAAAGCCCGAGUAAACUGCCUUAUGAGCAGCAUCAAAGUGCAGGAAUGUGAGCUCAUAGACUAGCUUGGGUAUUGCUCUCGUUAAGUAGUACAUACUGUAUGGAGUAUUAUUCGUGUUUUAAUUAUUGCUUUGGGUAUUGCUUUGGGCCUUUGGCUUCUAUUUAAUGAUUUAAUGAGUAUUGACAUACUGUUUAUGGAAAUUUAAUUAUGUUCCAAUAGUUGCUAAUGAUAAAACUGUUACUCUUGUAUAGCAUGUGAGUAUAAGUUGAUCACUUUUUCU